UCAGCCCCAAGUCCCUCCGCUUCCUUUCCCGCCUGAGCGCUGUGAACGGAAAGCAGGCGGCGGGUUCCCCCCACUCCGCGUCGUAGACGCCGCUUGGGGCAGGGGUUGGAAGAGGAGGCGACGCUCUAGGGGAGCUCGUUCGUAUCUCUAUGGUGCCGAGGGCUCCUGUGCGCCGUUGCGGCGCGUCGGUGCGGACAUUGGCCCUUUAAUCGGUGGAGGGCGGGGACGAGAAGGUCCCGCGAGACCGGCGGGGGGCAGGGGGCGGUGCCGAGGCUGGGGGCCCGUGGCGGAUGGAGCCAGAGAUGGAGCCAGAGACUCUGGAGGCGCGAAUCAAUAGAGCCACGAACCCCCUGAACAAGGAGCUGAACUGGGCCAGCAUCAACGGCUUCUGCGAACAGCUCAACGAGGACUUUGAGGGGCCUCCGCUUGCCACCCGGCUGCUAGCCCACAAGAUCCAGUCCCCGCAGGAGUGGGAGGCGAUCCAGGCCCUGACGGUCCUGGAAACAUGCAUGAAGAGCUGUGGCAAGAGGUUUCACGACGAGGUGGGCAAGUUCCGCUUUCUCAACGAGCUCAUCAAGGUCGUGUCUCCCAAGUACUUGGGGUCUCGGACAUCAGAGAAGGUGAAGAACAAGAUCUUAGAGCUCCUCUACAGCUGGACAGUCGGCCUACCUGAAGAAGUGAAGAUAGCAGAGGCCUACCAGAUGCUAAAGAAGCAGGGGAUUGUGAAGUCCGACCCCAAGCUUCCCAAUGACGCCUCCUGCUCCCUUCCUCCCCCACGGCCCAAGAAUAUGAUCUUUGAAGACGAGGAGAAAUCCAAGAUGCUGGCCCGCCUGCUGAAGAGCUCCCACCCCGAGGACCUCCGAGCGGCCAACAAGCUCAUCAAAGAGAUGGUGCAGGAGGACCAGAAGCGGAUGGAGAAGAUCUCCAAGCGGGUGAACGCCAUCGAGGAGGUGAACAGCAAUGUGAAGCUGCUCACAGAGAUGGUGAUGAGCCACAGCCAGGGCGGCCCGGCCUCGGGCAGUGAGGAACUCAUGAAGGAACUAUACCAGCGCUGCGAGCGGAUGCGGCCCACGCUUUUCAGACUGGCCAGCGACACGGAGGACAAUGACGAGGCCUUAGCGGAGAUCCUGCAGGCUAACGACAACCUCACCCAGGUGAUCAACCUGUACAAGCAGCUGGUGCGGGGUGAGGAGGUCAACGGCGAUGCCGCUGCGGGCUCCAUCCCUGGGAGCACCUCGGCCCUGUUGGACCUCUCAGGCCUGGAGCUCCCUCCUGCAGGCACCACCUUCCCAGCUGUGUCUGUUCGUCCUGGUGACCAGGCCAGCCCCGAGCAACCCAGUGCCUCAGUUUCCCUGCUUGAUGACGAGCUCAUGUCUCUGGGCCUCAGUGACCCCACACUCCCCGCAGGCCCCAGCCUGGAUGGUGCUGGAUGGAACAGCUUCCAGUCAUCUGAUGGCUCUGAACCCCCAGCCCUGGCCCCGGCCCCUGGUGUGGACAGCCGGCCCCCAGUGCAGCCCUCCCCACUGGCAAGCAGUGGUCUGGAUGACCUGGACCUCCUGGGGAAGACCCUCCUGCAGCAGUCGUUGCCCCCUGAGUCCCAGCAAGUGCGAUGGGAGAAGCAGCAGCCAGCCCCCCGCCUCACCCUCCGCGACCUGCAGAAUAAGAGUGGCUGUAGCUCUCCCAGCUCCAGUGCCACCAGCCUCCUCCACCCCACGUCCCCAGAGCCACUGGGGCCUCGGCAGCCCACGCCACCGGAGCUCUCGCUAGCCCACAUCACUGUGCCCCUGGAGUCCAUCAAGCCCAGCAGCAUCUUGCCCGUAACCGUGUACGACCAGCACGGCUUCCGGGUCCUCUUCCACUUCGCCCGUGACCCACUGCCAGGGCGCUCCGACGUGCUGGUGGUGGUGGUGUCCAUGCUGAGCACCGCCCCCCAGCCGAUCCGCAACAUCGUCUUUCAGUCGGCCGUCCCCAAGGUCAUGAAAGUGAAGCUGCAGCCCCCCUCAGGCACGGAGCUGCCAGCCUUUAACCCCAUCGUCCAUCCCACCGCUAUCACCCAGGUUCUGCUCCUUGCCAACCCCCAGAAGGAGAAGGUUCGCCUCCGCUACAAGCUCAUCUUCACCCUGGGCGAUGAGACCUACAACGAGAUGGGGGACGUGGACCUUCCCCCACCCGAGACCUGGGGGAGCCUCUAGAACAGAGGGGCUGGAGGUGGGGGACAGAGGCACUGGCCAUCAUCCAGCCUGGGUGGGAGGCUGGCAGCCCAGGAUCCCCUUUGUCCCCAUGGCCAUUCGCCCCCGGGCCUGGUGCUUCUCUCACCCCUGGGGCCCCCAGGUG